UACUAUUACGGUCAAAACGCAUGUUAAGGCUUUUGUUUGGUCUAAUAACAUUCUUUCUUUAUUAUAGCAACCUCGAGACUCGAGUCGAGACCAUGGAAUUUGUCUUUAAGAAGACAACAUUUGUAUGAAAACGAUAUUUUCAAUUUAAAAAAAAAAAACAAAAAUCUGAUUGAGAAUGAUGAUGAUACUCGUCGCCUCCGCGUAAGUAGCUGCGUUAAUCUCAAGAAGACGAAACCAAAUCUUUUUGUUUUGUUCAAUUCUCUCACAACCACAAGAAGACGAUUUUGUAUUCUUGUUUCCAAACUGAAUCUGAGAUGGGCGAGCCACUGGGACUGCUCCAGGUGACUGUUAUUCAAGGAAAGAAACUGGUGAUCCGAGAUUUCAAGUCAAGUGAUCCUUAUGUGAUUGUCAAAUUAGGAAAUGAGUCAGCCAAGACCAAAGUGAUCAACAAUUGCCUGAAUCCAGUGUGGGAUGAGGAACUCAGCUUUACACUGAAAGAUCCUGCAGCAGUACUCGCAUUGGAAGUGUUUGAUAAAGAUAGGUUCAAGGCAGAUGACAAGAUGGGUCAUGCCUCUCUCAGCCUUCAACCGCUUAUCUCAGUUGCUAGGCUAAGACAUGUAGUCCGCAUUUCCUCUGGCGAGACAACGCUUAGGAAAGUGUUACCGGGUCCAGAGAACUGCGUAUCUCGGGAGAGCACAAUCAGUUGCAUAGACGGAGAGGUGGUGCAGAGCGUGUGGCUGAGGCUGUGUGCUGUUGAAUCGGGUGAGAUUGAGUUGAAGAUAAAGUUGAUUGAUCCUCCUGGAACAAACAAGUAGCAAUAGGGUAUUUUAUGUUAGUCUGUAACACGAGACCGUUUGUCUAGUAUAAUUGCAACAUCAGUGUGGUCUUGUCUUGUUUCCAAGUGUGCCUUUGUGACCACUCACCAAUUUAUUAGAAAUCUUUGAGAUACGUUAUGCCGCUCUCAUCCCGUAGCUUGUUCCUUUUUUCCUUGUGUGUACAUUUUGAGUGUUUUGAUGGAAA